ACAACGAGUUCAGCGCCACCGUGCGAGAAUUCGAAAUGGAGCUGUGAGAUGUGUACUUACGAAAAUUUUCCUCUCUCACGAAAGUGUACAAUGUGUAGAUCACCGAAGCCACUACUGGGCGAAGACAUAUUCAGAUUACAGGACGGCGCCAGCGCUCUUCCAUCACAGGAAACGUGUGGAGCGGAAGCCGUAGCAGAUAGACUGAAACCCCUCAGGAUAUCAUCGCCUCAAGGUCACACUAGUGCCUCUACUCUUGUUAAAUGGUCAUGUCCUACGUGCACGUACGAGAAUUGGCCGAAGUCGAUAAAGUGUGCGAUGUGCGGCUACGGCAACCCUAACCCGGCCCACUCGCCCCCGUGCGACCCCAGGCUCCCGAGACCCCCAGGUGUAAACGAAAUAUGUAACAAUCAAACCGCGUCUCUGCACGACGUAGACGGCAGCACGAGGAGAUCGAAGCGACGCGCCAGCAACAUCGACUGGAUAUGGCUGCAGGCCUGUCUCGGCGUAGUGGAAGGUGAAUCUCGAAGGGUCGAGACAUAUCUGUCGAGUGGAGGUGACCCGGCCCGGGCCCUCACUCACGCCGAAGUUCAACUUCUCAACCGAGCUUCGGCCUUCGACGCUGGAUACACGCUCGUACACUUAGCGAUCAGAUUUCAAAGACAAGAAAUUUUAUCAACAUUACUGUCACGGAUAUCGGGCGGCGGACCCGGACUGAAACGAUCUCCCUCUUAUAUAGCGCCGGACCUGGCGUCAGCGAUACGUCGGCACAUAGCGGGGUGCUUAAGGCAGAAGAAAGGAAAUUUUCCAUGUCGAUACAUCAACGAGUUCUGUACGUUCUCGUUGCCUGCUGAUAUCGAGGAGUUACCGGCUGCGAUACAAGAGCAGCUAUUCUCCGAGUUACUGGACAGAGAAGCACAACAGACUUUAGAAGCGGAUCCUCCACUCAUAAACUGGAGCUUGGAGUUCACCGUUAACCUUGGGUCCCGGCUGUACGCCCUCUGGAACCGCUCGGCCGGCGACUGCCUGCCCGACGCCGUGUGCCAGGCCGCCUACGGGGUGUUCGACAGGAACAACGCGCUCCGGACCGCGCUGGCGGACUCGCUGCACCAAGCCCACAGGAGUUUCUACGAGCGUUGGCAGGCGUGGGAGCGAAUGCAGGCGUCGUUGUUACAUUACGCGCCCGAGGAGGGGCAGCUGAGGGCGGAGUGGAGCAGGAUAUUAGCGUCCGCCGCCAGACCCGGCACGCCGCUGCAUCAGAUCCACGUGUUCGUCCUCGCUCACGUGAUGCGUCGUCCCAUCAUCGUGUACGGGGUCAACGUUGUGAAUUCCUUCCGGGGGGAGGCCUUAGGAUUUGCACGGUUUCAAGGUAUAUAUUUACCGCUACUGUGGGACCCCCAGUUUUGUUCUAAAUCGCCUUUAUGCCUCGGAUACACUCGCGGACAUUUCUCCGCGCUAGUACCCAUAGAGCCUUAUUCGCAUAGGCAUACGUAUAUUUGUCGGGAACAACAAGAUGAUAAUGAAGAUAUGAUAUACCUGCCGCUAACGGAUUCAGAAGGGAAAUUAUUGCCUGUACAUUUUCUGACUUGCGAUGAGAUGUCGGAAGCGGAGAGCGUGGUCCGUCGGUGGGUGGUGUGGCGCGAGACGUCGGGCGGGCUGGCGGCGGCGCGGAGGCCCUCGCUGGCGCCCUCGCUGCUGCAGGCACAGAUGCUGGAGGAGUGGCUCAACCACUACCGCAGGCUCGCACAACAAACUAGAGGUCCAUUUCCACCGCGACUCCAAGCCGCGGCAGCGGAAUACUCAAGCGAUCCCGAUACAGAUGAAGAAUGAUAUAAACACUCGCUAACAAUACACCAAAAUAAACACUACACGGUAAUUAAUAUACACCGUCAAACACACAACGUUGAUAAGCUUAACAUUAGGAAGGAAAUUUAAAAAAAAAACCUUGGCAACACCACGAAGCGCUCGGUGUUGCCAGUGAACAAAAUUCUAAAUUAAUAAUUGUGCUCAAUAACUAAGCAGCUUAUGAUUUUUCACUAUAACGAUUCCGAUUCUAUUAAUUAAUAUGAAUAGAAAAUGCGCUUGUUUAAAAAUAAUAAAGUACAAAAUGUAAUUGUCACGCAAUAUUACACUCUCGUACAUUGUGUAUGAGUAUUAAUUACAUUAGACAAUAAAGUUUUAAUGCCCUCUGAGUUCUCACCAAAUGUCGCUGAUCAUGAUCAAUCUAAGAACUGUUUUAUCAAUGAACAGCCAAAGUAGUAGUAUAUUGAUAGUUACAUCAAAAUGAAUUAUAGUAGUUAAAUAAUAAUAAUAAUAUUUUACAAAUAGCGUAGUAUUGUGAAUUUACAAUAUUACAUAGCUUCGCGUAGUGGGAGUUCGUUUUUUUUUUGGCUUUACUAAAGAAUCGACAUGCAGUUAAACAAUUGAUGCUCUUUUCAACAUAAAACACACUUAAACAAUUAAUUUUCAAUACACGAAAUGCCUUAUUUUUUUAUUCUUAAAAGUUCAAUUAAUUUUACGUACAUUCCAAAUCAAAAUCACGUUAUUUCAAAAUUUAAUACACCUAUUCUGAUUUAUUUACUAGAGACGCGAAUAGUUGAAGUGUGAAUUGUAAAGCCAAAAUCAAAGGAAAUAGUGCUCUUAUAAAAAACUGAUAAACGAAAAUACGUGUCUAGGGACGACAGAUAAAUUAGUAAACAUAUUUUUAUAUAUAUAUAAAUAAAUAAAAAAGAAAGAUAAAUGGCAGUGAGAGGUUGCUUUAGUGACGUCAUCUAUAGGUUUUGUAUGGCAGUUGAGAUAUUCGUUUUGAAGGGAUUGCAUUCAUACAAUUUGAAGGUUAUAGUUGUCGAAGUGACUAUAUUUAGUUUUAUAACACGAAUGCGUGAUCGAAUAAUGGCCCGCCUUACUGUUGAUCGAAUAGUUUUACCUGAUCUAAUAUCGAUAAAUAAUCGAUACGAAUCUCCAUUCAUAUCUAGCAGUCGUGACUUAUCAGAUAUCGCAGCAUCAGAAAAAUGAACUCUGAUUGCUUAUAAAGAAAUCUAUACUAAUAUUAUAAAGAGGAAAGAUUCGUUUGUUUGUUUGUAUUGAAUAGACUCCGAAACUACUGAACCGAUUAGAAAAAUUCUUUCACU